CCAGGAGAGGUCGCAUUUAUUAUUAUUAUUAUUAUUUUUUUUUUUUUUUAAAGAAAAUAAAUUCGAAGUGUUUUAUGUCUCUGAGAACUGGUAACCGGCGAUUGUUGGCGUUUUAUUUGUUUUGAGUUGGGUGUCAAUUUGAUUGAAGGUUGUGCCAGGCCUGUUGGAGAGAUAAUUUGGUUAUAUUUUAAGGAUGUUGCCAACUGAUUCAACAAAAAAGUUAUCAUUUAAUCGGUGCAUUGGGGAUGGGGAUUUGGUUAUUGUGUAUGAGAGGCAUGACUCUAUGAAAGCUGUUAAAGUUUGUCAGAGUUCUGUGCUCCAGAACCGGUUUGGUGUGUUUAAACAUUCAGACUGGAUUGGGAAGCCAUUUGGUUCCAAGGUGUUCAGCAACAAGGGUGGAUUUGUUUACUUGUUAGCUCCAACGCCAGAGUUAUGGACUCUGGUUUUGAGCCACAGAACUCAGAUUCUUUAUAUUGCGGACAUUAGCUUUGUGAUCAUGUACUUGGAAAUUGUUCCUGGAUGUUUGGUUCUGGAGUCAGGAACUGGAAGCGGAUCAUUAACUACCUCACUUGCAAGGGCAGUGGCCCCUACAGGACAUGUCUAUACAUUUGAUUUCCAUGAGCAAAGGGCUGCCUCAGCUAGGGAGGACUUUGAAAGGACAGGAGUGAGCAGCUUAGUCACUGUAGGAGUUAGAGAUAUUCAGGGUGAGGGAUUUCCAGAUGAGUUCUCUGGGUUGGCCGAUUCUAUAUUUCUGGACCUACCCCAACCUUGGCUAACCAUUCCUUCAGCUGGGAAAAUGUUGAAACAAGAUGGCAUCUUGUGCUCCUUCUCACCAUGUAUUGAGCAAGUGCAGCGUUCAUGUGAAUCUCUUCGAUCAAAUUUUACUGAUAUAAGGACAUUUGAGAUACUUCUUCGGACCUAUGAAGUUCGGCAAGGAAAAGUAGAUUCUCUCCCUCACAAGAGGAAAAAACAUUCAAAUGAAGUGAGCAAUGAGCAGGACAAUCAAAGUACAGCUGCUGUCAUGGCUAGGCCCUGUGGCGAAACAAGAGGUCACACUGGCUAUUUGACAUUUGCAAGACUUAAAUGCCUCUCAUUAAGAGCCUGAUUCCUUUCCAUGUGUUAGUGGGACAUAGAAGUUGUUUAUCCUCAUAGAUUUGCUCAGUAUUCAGGUGCCACUAUCAAGAAAAUCUUUUGACCAGAAUUAAUACCCAGAUUCAUGUCAUGAAGGGAUUGUGAGUUGCAGUAACUCCUUAUUUACUGAUGUUGCAAAUAAAGAAACUUAGCGCAGGAUGUUUGGAGAGGUUUCUGUCUGAUCUUGUGGAAAAUGCUGAAAGAUUCAACAGAGGGCGAGGAAACUAGUGACCUGAUAUACUUACAUUGUUGUUCCUAUAUUUAAAUAGAAGUUCUGUCUAUGUAAGUACUCAUGCUAUUUUUUGUUGUUAUGGCAGAGUAAUUGUUCCGAAAA